AUGAAUAAAGAUAUUACAGAAACUGACUACAUUGUUAUUUCACCAACAAGUGAUAAAAAAGAUCUGGAAGAUGAAAACAUUGGUACGACUUUAAAUGCACCAACUCUAUUAGAUGAAGAAGUUAAUUUAUCAUCUCAUUCAUCAAAUGUAGAUGAUGAAUUCUUUGCUGGAUAUAGCAUCAAAAGUGAAUCUUCCGAAAAAAUAUCAUCAUUAGAUGAGGAAAAAAGUACAGAAACAUCUUAUCAAGAAAGAAAUAUAGACACGGAGCCAUUUGAAGAUGAAUUUUUUGCAGGAAAAUCAAUAUCUGCUAAUGAAAAAAUAAGUGUCUUCAAAAGCGACGUAUUUGGUAAUGAACAAGAAAUGCUUGAUGAAGAACCAAAAAUUAAAGAAAUUCCUUUAGAAGACAACAUGGAAAUAGGUAAAGAGACAAUAGAAGAUUAUUCAAGUAAAGAUAUUGAAGAAAGAUCUGAUAACUCAUCAGAUGAAAAGAUAGACGAUAAGAAAGAUUUAUUUGAGGAUGAAUUUUUUGCAGGAUAUUCUAUUAAACAAGGAAAAAUUCUAGAUGAUGAUACACAUCAACCUGAUAUUGACACAAUUAAAGAACAAACUUUUGAUGAGCCAGUAAAAUCAUCUUCACAGGAAGAUACUUCUAAAGAAUUUGAAUGUACCAACAUUAUUCAUGAUGAUGAACAUUUUUAUCAAGAAGUUCCACAUACACUAAUAAAAGAUUCCGAUGAUAGUAAUUCCUUUGAAAAAGAUUUCUUCUCUGGAGUUUCAAUUAAGAAACCAUUGACGGAAGAAGAUAUCGAAACAACUAUUGAAUCAAACAAAGACUACGAAUUUUUAGAAAAUCUCAGUGAUACAGACAAUCAAGAAAAUAUUAAGGAACGUCAAAUUAUUGAAGAAACUGAUAAUUUAUUCACUGAAAUACAAGAUGAAACAAAGGAAAUGGUAAAUCAAAAGCCUGAAACGACUGAAUACGAAAUAGUUGAUCCUAUCGUAAAAUCACCUGAACAAGAAGACGUUGGCCACAUUUCAACAGAUACAGACAAGUCUUAUGAACGUGACAUUGAAAAACAUAUAAUGGAAAAAGAUUAUGAAACAACUACAGCUGAAAAAGAUUUAAUUAACAAAGACGCUGUAAAAUCAGAUCUUGAAGAAAUAUAUCCAGAAACCGGUGUAUCAUCAAGUACGUUAUUAGAUUAUGUCGAACAAUCUCAAAAUUUAAUAUCAUCCCCAGAAAAAAUUAUUAGUAAUCUUACUUCUGAAGCUGAUGAAAAAACAGAUAAAGAUGAAAAAGAAUUUUUGAAUAACGACAAAAGUUCUCUGGAAUUAUUUGCUGAAAAACAAUCAACAGAUAUUGUUAAUUCAAUUUUUGAUACAACUAUUAAAAGCGACAACAUAACAACUGGCCCAUUAGAAGAAGGAGACAUUACUUACACUACAUCACCACAUAAUGAGGAUAUUAUAGAAUACAACCAAAUUGAUCAUGAAACCUAUGGUGAAUUACAUGAGGCAAAACCUAGUGAAGAAACAAUUUUAACAACACAAGAAGAAAAAUUGAUACUGCCAGAUGAUAAACCAAAAACUAAAUCAGUUCCAAUGGAAGAGGUUAAAGCACUAGAAGAUUUUGCAGAACAUGAAUCUAGACAAAUUGUAGAAGAAUGCUUUGGCAUUUCAAAAUCACCCAAAUUUACAGAACAACUUUUUGACGAAAAUGUACAUGGACAGUCCGAAAAAAAUGAAACAUUGGAAACAGACAUUGAUAUAGACACUCCAACUCAAAAACGACAUUUGCUUGCAGAUGUUAUUACAUCAAAAGUAGAGGACACACAUAUUUCUGAAAAACCUUUUAUUGCAGAAGAAACUUCAAGAGUUGUUGAAGAUAUAACAAGGGAAAUAUUAACAGAACUUGAAGAAAUAGAAAAAGUAGAAGGAAAGAUAGAAAAAGAUGUAGAAAGUAAUAAAAAAUUGACAGAACAUACCUUGAUAAAAAAGGAAGCCGAGAGUAUAGUAGACAAUAUUAUGAAGAAUAUUAACUUAGAAAAUUUAGAACUUUGUGAUGAUAAAAAAUCGGAUGACAAGGAUAUUAUAUCAUCAUCAACAACAGACGACGAAAAAGAUUUGAAAAAUGUUAUCGUUGAUUCUGAAUAUAUACAUAAAGAUGUUAAUUUAGAUAUAAUCCCAAAUGAUGACACUUUUGAAAAAAGAAGUAUUACUGAUACAUCUUUUUUAAUUCAGGAACAAAAAGAAGAUAACAAAUUAGAUCAAACGUUUAUAAUCGUUGAAGAAUCUGACGUUGACCAAUAUGUUCAUCCACAACUAUCACAUAAUUUAAAAUUGGAGCAUCUUGAACAAAGUAAAGAAAUUCUAAAAGAGUCACCACUUGAUGAAAUGGCUUUGAUUGAAAGAAAAUUAUCUACAACCCCUAUAGAUGAAUCAAUUGUAGAGUCUGAAGAGGUUGAUAUCAAAUAUAGUGAAAGUGAUAAAGAUUCAAAAGAUGGAAAAAUUCAUUCAACAUUUGUUAUGCCCGAGAAAGUAUUUGUUAUCCCAGAGAAAGAAGAAGAAUUAGAAAUUUUCCAAAAAGAAGACGUAGAUGAAUCAUUAUUUAUAGUUGAUUCUGAAGAUUUAUCAAGUGAUUCAGAAGUUCAAAAAAGUCAUGAAGAUAAAAUAACACUUGUUGUUGAUGAAAUAAAACAACCACCAGUUUUAAUUAUUUCAGAAAAUGAUUCAGAUGAUAUUGACAAAGACUUUUUAAAUGAACAAACUCCAAAAGAUUUAACUCAAAAUAUUGAUGUAUAUGACAAUGAUAAAAAAAUGGAAGUUUUAAGCAGUGAUAAAGAAUCUGAUUCAUUCCAAUUUCUAGAUAAAAUUUCUGAAAAAGACUAUUUAUUCGACGAUGUAAAGUAUGAUGAUUUAUAUGAAGAAAAAAGUACUCAAGAAGUACCUGAAGACCCAAUGACAUCUUCUAUUUUUGUUGAACAUGGAGAUAAGAAUAUUUUUGACAGUGAAGAUGAUAAAAUUAAUUCAUCUGUAACAAGUUCACCGAAUCCAUUUAUGACAGAAGAUGAAAUUCAAGAGCACAAAAACUUUUUAUUAACUGAUUCUGAAAGUGUAGAUGAAUUUAAUCUUGAAAAUGAUAGCUUAAGCACAGGAGGAGAAGAGUUUGGUUGUCCCAAAGAUAUUCAAGAACAACAUAUUACUAAAGAAAAGAGUGUAAGUGAUGAAAAAUUAGCAAAAUCACCUAUAAACUUGGGCGGUAAUAUUGAGCAAGAGGAAAAACUUUUGUUUGAUGAUGAUGACGAUAAUAUAUCGGAGCAACCUCAAUUAAUAGAACUAAGUGAUUCUGAUGAGGAAGAUAAUGAUAAAGACAAAAAUUUAUUUUCUAUUGAUAAAGGUGAAACAAAUUUAUUAAGAUCUCAUUCAACGGCAUUAUCAACUGAUGUUGAAUCACCACAAACAGUCAUAGAUAAAUUUGAAACUUUAGAAAAAGAUUUUAUAUUAGAAACCGACAAAAAGGAUCCUAAGGGAGAAAUUUCAGUAACUGAAGAUAUUAUGACCCAAUCUGUUGAUUCUUUAAAUGAACAAGAAGUUACACCAUCAACAGAUUCUGGUGGUAAUGUUAUAGAUAACUUUAUUUUCGACGAUAAAUCUCUUGAAAGAAGAGUUAGCUUAUCUUCAGAAAAAAAUAAUCAAAAUUCUAAAUCUAAGACACAUCAAUCUUAUGACAAUAUUUCUGAAAGUAGCUUACAAGAAUUUGAAAGACUAGAAGCUGAACUAUUUAAAAAAAGUGGUGAUGUAUCUCCAUCAUCUGAUGAAAGUGAAGGUGGAAAGUCAAGAGUAUCUGAUGAUAGAGCUGGUUCUAGAAAUAGUCUUAAUGAAUUUGAAAGAUUAGAAAAAGAAUUAGCUGAUCCAACAAACGAAAAUAACGAAGUAAUGAUGCUAAGUUAUAUUCGUGAAGAAUCUGAAUAUGAAGAUAUGAGUAUAAAAGAGGAUGAAGAAAAUGUUGAUUCACUUAAUGAUCCUUCUUCUGAUAAUCAAAAACAAACUGAAUUUGAAAAUAGAGAUAAUAUGGGAGAGAGUCUUGUUGUAGCUGAUAGUCUAGAACAAAUACCACAAAUUCCAUCAAUUCUAGAAACAUCUGUCGAUUCAUUAGAAGUAUCAAAUGCAUAUGGCAUUGAUAACAAAAGAAAAACUCAAGAAGAUGAAUUUAGAUAUGACGAUGAAUUUGAAAGAGAACCUAAAUCAAAAGAUGGAACUAUAAUUGAAGCUUGUAUAAUUCCUGGCAAUGAAGGCUUAGAUAACGAUUCUUUAUUAGGAUUUUCAUCAUCCAACCAAACGGAAGACUCGAAUACUUAUACAUCACAAAAUACAGAGGACACAUUCCAAGAGUACCAUGAUGAUGAUAAAGAUUCUCUUGAAGGUGAUUUAUCAAUUAUGGGUAGUGAUAUACCAACAACAAUAACAACAUUUAAAUCAACAAAAAUAUCACCAACAGGAAGUACUGAAGUCAUCUCAAGACGUGUACUCACAAAGGUCACAGACCCCAUCAUUUGUAGAGUCAAAUUCACUGGAACAGAAAGUGAAGAAAGACUUCAAUCUCUUGAUCCUAAUAUUAGUGUAGAGACAACUGAUGCUGAAGGGAAUGUUACAACCACUGUUAAACAACAUCAAUUAUAA